ACCCGAUUGAAGGUGAUUGAUGAAAACUUGGUGAGUCGAUAAUGUUUGGUUAUCUCUGUUCAAGACAUCUAUUACUAGGCAAACACAGGAGGACCAAUUUGGGGUUUCUUCUGAAAAAUGGUUUCUUUAUUGGCAAAUCAUUUGCUUCAGUCGGUUUAUCUGAAUCUAAUGAAAAACUAGAAGAAAAAGAGCAUUCUUUUGCGGUGUCUUACUUCAUAAACUGUUGUGGGUUGUCCACAAAAUCUGCUAUUUUAGCAUCCCAGAGGGUACGAUUUCGAACUCCGGAGAAACCAGACUCAGUGCUUAAUCUCCUCAAAGAGAAUGGGUUCACCAAUACCCAAAUCUCCCGGCUUGUCAGGAUAGAACCGCAGCUGCUUUUAUCUAAUCCCGAGAAGACCCUUUUGCCCAAGAUUGAGUUUUUCCGUUCUAUGGGGGCUUCAAGGUCGGACCUCUCUAGGAUCCUCUCUCUAAACCCUGCUCUGUUAAGAAGGAGCUUGGAGAGACAUCUUAUACCCUGUUAUGAUUUCCUCAAGAGUGUACUUAUUCUUGACGAGAAAGUUGUUACCGUUUUCAAGCGCUCACGGUGGGUUGUUUGUAUACAUAAUAUGGUUCCCAAUAUAGCACUUUUGAGACAAGUUGGAAUGCCUCAAUCCACAAUCUCUUUCUUGGUAACUAAUUAUCCUUCUACAGCGUUUGUUAAGGAUACUAGGUUUGCUGAGGCUAUCCACGAGGUGAAGGAAAUGGGAUAUGAUCCCUCCAAAACGGUUUUCGUUCAUGCAAUCCAAGUGUUAUUGAGGAUGAGUAGACCAAAGUUGGAAUCGAAGUUGGAGCUUUAUAAGAGAUGGGGUUGGUCAAAAGACGUUGCUCUCUUAGCCUUUAAAAGGCAUCCAAAUUGUAUGCUUUUAUCUGAUAAGAAGAUCACAAAAGCAAUGGACUUCCUUGUGAACAAAAUGGGGAGUUCAUUAACAGACAUUGCUAGAAAUCCUACAGUUCUAUUUUUCAGCUUGGAGAAGAGGAUUAUACCUAGAUGUUCAGUUAUUCAGAUUUUGAUAGCCAAGGGUUUGGUUAAGAAUGAUAUGUCCCUGUCGACUUUCAUACUACCUGGCGAGAAGUGCUUCCUGGAUAAGUUUGUGAUCAAAUUUCAAGAUGGUGUUCCUGAACUGCGAAAUGUGUAUUGGGAAAAGACGGAUCUUUUGGAUGUUAUAAUUCAGUCUUAGAAGGUAUGUGGGGUG